AUGGACACAAAGCCAUUCCAUCUUGUCCCGUUUGCCCAGGCGCCGUUGGCACGUCCUGCGGUUCUUCAAUCGCUCGCGCCAGACGUUGUCCCGGGCGAGCAGCAGCUCCAGGAGCUCACACGCGACAUUCUCGAGUACAAGAAGCAGCAUGAACAACGUUUAAAGCACUGUGACGACGUGCUUUUCAUCGUGGACGAGCGCUACACGGCCAUGAAGGAGCGCGAUCGUUCAAAAGCCAAGCAGUUCAAAAAGGAGCCACUGGACAGCCUGGGUCAACCGCCGCGCGUAAGCAAAGCUACUCAACCUACUCUCCGCAUCUCCGGUCCCUCAACAGCGACAAAUUCCUCCCCGCAGCCAGCACUCCCGCCCACUGCAGCUUCAAGCGCAAAGCCGGCCCAACGCGCGGGUUCGGUUGCAUUGAGGGGCUCAGAUACAGCCGUUUCCAAGACGAACAAGAAGAAACGAAGACGUCCAGACGAAGGAGAUGAUUUCAUGGCCGAUGGUGCUACGCGAAAUGCCACUCCGGUACCCAAAAGCCACGGCCACAAGGAGCACAAAUCUAAGAAGGCAAAACAUGAUGAUCAUGAUCUACGCAUGCAUCCAGCUGGUAUUCGACGCAUCACAGAUUGGUCCGAGUCUGUCAAAGGGGGAUUACCUCCAAAACCUCCAAGGAAUCCGCUUCCUAUUCCCCAAACAGAUGACCCGAACGAGGUCCACGACGAUAUGUCCGAACGCAAGCAACCACCAAAUCAGGUUACUGCGCAUACAUAUUGGAACUUUAUCGAGCCGUGGACGCGUCAGGUCAAAGAUGAAGACGUCGCCUUUCUUGCCAUUAGUGUAAGAGUCUUCGCGACAUCCACAAACCUGCAAGCUAAUAUCAGGGAACCACAGGGUGAUGAUGAUGACCUAUGGGAGAUGCCGCCUUUGGAACGACACUACUCUGAAGUCUGGGAAGACCAAGACCGAUUCACACUCGACCUCCCUCCUCUCAACCGAUCUAACAAACACAGGACACACAACCCUUACUCUGCGUUUACCAACCCUCCUCCUCCAUCCGCCGGUGGCUCAAUGCAGCCAGCUCCAAACUCGGGUGUUCGGUGGGAUCCUGCCACUCUUACCGAAGCAGAUACAGCUACCGACGAACAUGGUUCCGGUCCGUUGACAGAACGAGUAUUCAGCGCCUUUAUGCACCUCCCCAACUCGGUCAAGCUUGAAGAGGACGACUCUUUCAAAGGCGGCGGCUUUGGACUUGGACGAGCAGCUGGACAAGGCACUGUUGGGGACCUAGAGGAGCGUCUCAUGAAAGAGUGCAAGGCACUCGGCCUGAUCAUAGAAAAUGAAGAGCCCGACUACUCACAACCUCAAGACGACCAGAUUGCCUCUGAGCUUCGUCGCUGUCAACGUGCGCUCAAGAUUCAACUCCAAGUCAACGAAGCGCGAAAGAAGCGGUUACUGGCCAUUGCCGAGCUACGACUGAGCUAUGCCGACUACGAAGAGGUCAAGGAAGGCAUGGAGCGCAACAUCUCCAACAUGUUUGCCAAACUGGGAAACACAGGUGCCAAUAAAGUGACGAAAAAGAAGAAAAAGGAAAAAGAAAAAGUGGCCGCAGCAGCGGCAGUCAAUCCGGCGACGGGUGAACCCGCUGGGAUCGCAGGAUUAGGGCUCGUCGGUAUGGAUGGCAACUUGCAGAUACCAAACGACAUCUGGGAGGCCGUAUGCGUCUUGCAGCGCUGGAAGUCGGACAUUGGCGAGGCUUUUGACAAGCUGGAGAAGGAGAAUCCAGGUCUUGUGCGUGGACUUCCAGAAAAGAGUAUUUAUGAAGGACUCGACGAGGAGAUUGCGAGGCUCCAAGGAUUACCCCCGCGAAAGCCCGCCGCCAUUGAAGGACCAAGCGGAAGCAAACCUCCAGAUUCAUCUGGUGACACUCAUGCUUCAUCCGAAGAUGUCAUGAUGCUUGGUGCCGACUAA